AUGAACUACCCAAAGCGAAAGUUCAUCUUGGUUUGUCUUGAUUUCAGUAUCGAAGUUUCAGUCACUUUGUUUUGUCAGUGUCAUUUUCACAAUACUUGCCAUUCUCCGUCUCUCAUUCCUUCACUUCUCACUCAUUUUCAUCAAUUUUCAUUAAUAUCUACUUUCAAUAUUCAUUAUCGUUCUCACUCAUUUUUCACUUCUCACUCAAAUCUGAUUUUCAAUCGAUUCGCAUUUUCUCAUUUUAUUCAAUUCUCAUUUCAAUCAAUUCUUUCUUUACACUCAUUCUCCAUGUCCAGCCAUCCGGCCCUCGACUUGUCCAUUGGAAACGACGACCAGGUGGCCCAGCUCUCCAAGCUUCUACCUGUCCAUCUUCCAAAUGACUCCCAACACCAAAAUAAGCUUGAAAAAUUGAGAAAUUCCAACGCGUACAUUUUCGUGUUGAGCUGGCUUUAUCAGUGCCGAGGAUUUGUCAAGCUCCAAAACGAGCAUUUCGAUGCGGAUUUGUUCGAAAUAGAGCUCCUUAACCUUGUAUCUCCGCCUCCCGUGGACGACUCCGUACUUUUCAUCAACAAAUUGAAAGUCGGAUUGAUCGUGGCUCUUCGAGGUGGAGGAGCAAAAAAUGCUUCUUCAGACGAAUUUGAAGCGGUUUUCCGUGAAUGGUUUGGAAUCGAGACGCCGUUGGGAGGCGCAGUGGACGAAAACGACGAAACUCCCCAACUCCAAUUCGACUAUUUGUUCAUCGAAAGCAAGAUCGAUGUGCUCUAUAUGGUCAUUUCUUACAUUUCCAGCUACUCGCAGUUCCGGGCGUUUAUCGACCGCCACCAGCUCACUUCAGACGACCUCAAACCGGAGGUUCUUCACUCGGAAUUGGUGGAGGAAAACGAGUCGAUGGACUAUAUUCUCAUGUUCGACAAUACCAGAUUAUACAAAAGAACCGUUAUUUGCCCCGAACUUGUGGUCCCCAAGAAGCGUGCCGCCGCUCCAGGAGAGCCUGAAGCCCAUUUUGGCGCCGAAAAGUUCGAUGUAACUGCCGUGGAGUACGAAUUGGUGUUCAAAGAUAUCUACAAAUUGGACGAAUUUCUCAAGCUGAUUCCGAAAAAGAGCAAAAAAUUGAAGGACUUGAGAGCAGCGCUCGCCAGCGACGCCGUAGUAGACUCCAUGUUCUAUGCUGAGAUCAGAAAGCGCAAGAUUCUCUCGCAUAGAAGGAAGGAAUUGCAGUUGGCUAACCUUUUGGCAACAAGGAAAAAAUCGACAAGAAUUGAAGCUAGAGAGCGUGAAAGACAAAGAGAUCUUCAAUUGCAGCGCCAAAAGCAGGAAGAAGAAAUGAGAGCUGCGGCAGAAAGUCGUCUUGAAAGACGAAGAAUGGCAAGAGAACAAGCCAGUAAUUCGUACGUUUCACCCACGCCAACAGCCAUGACUCGAGAAGAAAGACUCCGUCUCAGACAAGCAAAAACCCAGUCUCCGUCUAAUUCACCGGCUCCAGAAAAGGAGGAAAUAAAGAAGGAAGAAAAUGAAAAUGUUCAGCAAGAUUCUGAGCUUCAAGCUUCUACUUUUGAGCCUCAAGCUUCUACGGUAUUUGAGCCCCAAUCUUCUGCCUUUGAGCCACAACCUUCUACGGCUAUUGAGCCCCGCGUUUUUGGGUCCUCAGCGUCUACUGGUCCUAUUGUUACCGAGCCUCUUACCCAUGAGCCCCCGGCUAAAAGAGCCAAAAUCGAACCUCCUCAUUUUCCAUCCUCCACGAGCAAUAUGCCUCAAUGGGGCAAUUUCAACCACCAGCAGUACCCCAUACCAAGCCACCAAUCUUCUGAAGUUCAAACCUUCCCACAGCAACAAAUUUCGCAGCCGCCCGUACAAUGGCCUAACGCAGCAACUGCGGAGAGCACAGCCGUGCAUAAUCAUCAUGCAAUGCAGCCAAAUUCCCCGAAAGCACAACACCCGUCUAAUGCGUCUUCCAUUCAUCCAGAUAACCUAAAUUAG